UUUGAGAGUAGUGAGCAAUGUAUACCAAGAGUAGGGCAGGAACAGUAGAGGGCAGGCCCAGGAGUGUGCAGGCCCAGGAGUAUGCAGGCCCAGGAGAGGGCAGGCCCAGGAGUGUGCAGGCCCAGGAGAGGGCAGGCCCAGCGCCAGCGCUGAGAUUGGGAGGUGGCAAGAGACCAGGAGGGAAGUGAGUGGUGUCGGAAGGCGAUAAGCCAGAUGAAGAAGAGACUCACUCAGUUCGUGAGCUGGGUGGACUUCAGCAUCCAUCAGAGAGAGCGCAGGAAUCGUGAGACGCCUGUGCCUGGAUAUCAUGUCCAUAGGUGUGAGCUAAAGGACUUCCACAAAGCCGCAUAUUUAGGUGACACGCAGACAGUGCAGGAGUUGCUGUCACGGAAGAAAAAUGUAGACAGCAGAGACAGGAAGAACAGGACUGCCCUACACUUAGCCUGUGCCAGCGGCCAGUCAUCAGUGGUGGCUCUCCUUGUCCAGUGGAAGUGUGACCUGAAUGCUCGUGAUGAGGAAAGCAAGACAGCUCUCAUCAAGGCUGUACAAUGCCGGAAAGAAAUGUGUGUCACUAUCCUGCUGAAACAGGGUGCUGACCCGAAUCUUGAAGACAACUGUCAAAACACUGCUCUGCAUUAUGCUGUCUUGGCUGAAGAAACAUCAAUUGCAGCAGAGCUGCUCCGCUGUAAUGCAAACAUCGAGGCGAUAAACAAGGUAUAGCUCAACUGACUAUUUACAAGAUAUUUGAAAUACAGGGGUUUUUCUAGCUACAGGUGUUUUAUUUAUAGUAGAAUGUAUACUGAAUACAUCAGGCCCUGUUAUCAUGGAAACAACUCCAAAGCCAAGGCCAGGGGCUAGAGGUAGUGCCCACAGAAAGGGCAGAGCUCUGUCUCCCAGCCGCAUUUCUACCCUAGAAGGAGCAACUUCCCAUUAGGAAGUGCCUGGGGGUGGGUGGUAGGCUCAGAGCCUACAGAAGAUGAAGGCUUGCGGGGAGUGAAGUGAUGGCAAGGGCGGGCUGCCUGCCUGGGGAUGGGUGGGAGGAGGAAGGAACCCAGCACCCAGCAGGGGGAGCUGGGUGACUGCACCUGGGCAGGGAAGGCAGCAAGCCACAGGCCCUGAGCACCCCAGGAUCCCAGGUUCUAUAAUCUGGGCAAGUGAGGUCAGGUCAUGUUUGACAGCCAGCAGGGGCAUUCACUUGUGCUGGUGGCCACAUGGCCCUCCAUGUACACCUUCACUUUGGGGUCUCCCAUGCUCAGCCUGCUGUAUCUCCCCUGCGG